CUGCUAGCAAGUCAUGAUGGUUGAAUCCGCCUCGGAGACCAUCCGGUCCACUCCGUCCGGCCAGAACGGGGUCAGCAGCCUCAGCAACCAGCCCGAUGGCGGCGGCACCGGCGGCACUGCGGCGGGUACAGGGCGAGAAGGAGCCACGAGUGGGGAGACCAAUGGCGAGAUGAGCCCCGUGGAGCUCCUGCACUUCCAGCAGCAGCAGGCUCUCCAGGUGGCACGCCAGUUCCUGCUGCAGCAGGCCACGGGGCUGAGCUCCCCCAGCAGCAAUGAGGGCAAGCAGCCGGCGGUGCAGGUGAGCCCCAGGAU